AUGACAGAAGGAGUAAAACGGGUUUUACCUUCAUUUAAUAUUUUACCCAAAAAAAUGAGUCAUGACCAAAAACGGUUUCAAGUAUUUGAAAGUUAUAAUGAAAAAAAAGUGGUAAUAGAAACAACUAAACAACCAGUUAAUGAAUUAAUUGAGCAAAUAGAAAAUAAAGAACUAAAGACAAAACUCUCAAAAGAAGUAAAAAAUCUUAUUGAUGAAUUAACACAAGAAAUCUGUGAUCUUAAAAAUCAAAUAAAAGUAUUAGAAAGAAAAUGUGAAAUAUAUAACAUACAAGAACAAAAUAAUCUUAUUAGAAGUCAGUCACAAAAUGAUGAAAUUACAAAACUAACAGAUACAAAAGGUAAUAAAGAAAUUAUUUCAAUGGAAUGUGAAACAAAUACAACAAAUAUUUUAUUAGAAGGAUAUAAAGAUACUCCUGUAGAUUCAAAUCUAUUAGAAAUACAAAAUAAAAGAAGAGAAAUUGCUGAUAAACAAAUUAAUGAAGUAGCAAAAUGUAAAUGGAUUGAACAAAUGUUUGGAAAAGGGUGGGAUAUGAUUGAAGUAAAAGAAGAUUAUCUGUUGAGAAUACAAAACGAAAUAAUAACACAAUUAGAAUUUGAAAUAUCAAUAUGUAUUGUUAUAUUUGAUGGAUACGGUAAUGUUAUUGGAUUUGAAAUAGAGGGAAUGAAUAAACUUAAUUAUUAUAAUGAAAUACAUGAUGUACAAUGUACAUUAUUUUCUCUUUAUGAUGAAACAAAAGAAGAAAUGAAUUGUAAAAAGUAUCAAUUAAAUGAAGAUAAUAAUAUUAUUAUAUUAUUUAAUAAAAGUGGAGAAACUAUAUGUAAAGUUAAUGUAAAUGGAAAAGAUAUUAUUAAAAUAGGACUUCCUAUAAUACAAUUAAGUUCAAUUGAUAUUGGAACGAUAGAUAUUAAGGAUAAUAAUGUUUAUAAAUCAUUUAUAAAAUUUAUUUCACAUCAAGAUAAAGAAAAUGAAAUUGAUAUUCAAGGAAUUUUAUGCUUUUAUAAAAAUAAUACAUUGAACAAAAAAGAAAAUGAGGAUUUUAUUACAAGUUCUUUUAAUAAAGAAAAAAAUAGACAUAAUGAUAUUGAUGAUGAACAAGAAGUAGAUGAUAUUUUAAUUACUAUUAUUCAAGAAAUGUCAGAAAAAAAUGAAUGGGAAAUGAUAUUUUCAUCAAAAACAAUGAAAGAAACAAAUAAAAAUUUUAAUACAAAGAUAAUAAAUCAAAAGAAUUUAUUAAUUAGUUUACAAACAAAAGAAAAUGAGUGGAUUUGUAUUUAUAUUGAAGAUAAAAUAAUAAAAAAAGAAUUUAAUCAAAUAACAAAUAAAACACAUUUUAUUUAUUCAACAAAAAUGAAAAAAAAGUAUCAAUUAAAAGAUGAUAUAAUCAUUUCAUUUUCUCUUCAUGAUAAUAAUUGUUCUUUAUUUACUCUUGGAAAUAGAAUUGGUUUUAUUCAUAUAACAAAAACUAACAAUAAAAGGUGUUGUGUUUCAAGAUUAUCUGAAUUAUAUAAAGAAAUGAAUGAUAAUGAUUUAUUCAAUACUUCUUCUUCUAUUAAUAAAUUUGAAAUACAUCAAAUUAUAAUUCUUAAAUUGAGUUAA